AUGAGCGUCGGCCACGCAUCCCGGCAAGGCAACAGCCGCUUCGUCGAUCCUCUCAUCGGCACAGCAGGUCCCAAUCCGGACGAGUACGUGCCCGACGCCUACGCCGGCCUCUCGCCCACGCCGGCGCCGCCGUUCGCUGCGAUCCGUGCCACGCCCAUGACACGCCGCAACUUUGUCUCGAGUGAAGGCUACUACUUUCACGACAAGACGCAUCAGGGCGUGCUUCUCACGCGGCAGCCUGCGGUAUGGAUGGGCGACCUCGCACCGCUCGAGCUGGCCGCUGGCUUCGGCGCCGUGCGCGUCACGCCGAAGGAGCGAAGUCUGCCCUUCUCGCACGCCGAUGAGGACGCUCGUGUCGAGCGCUACUCGCUGCGUGUCGACGCCGGCUCACAGCUCGACGGUGCGGCUUUCAACCUCACACUGGCUGGCGCAGAGCACUCCGCUGUGCUCGAGUACGCCUUUGAGCAGACCGGUCCGCACGCCGAGUCGCGGUUCGUCGUGGUGCAAGCCACGCGGCCGCACUGGCGCGGCGCAGUGUACAUCGAUCCGGCACGGCAGGAGAUAUCCGGCUGGAGCCCCGAGCGCAUGGACUACAAGCUUGGCCCGCACCAGGCGCCAAACUUCAAGGGCUUCUUCGUGGCGCAGUUCGACAAGAAGGGAGCUUGUGCGGCUGAGUGGCAAGGCUUCGGGACCGCCGUGACGAAUGCCACGGGCACGGAGCUGCAUGUCGGGGAGCUGGGGCGCUGGAAUGAGGAGGAUCUCGCAGCUUACGUCACGUUUCCUUCGAACACUGCCUGUGUGCGCAUCCGAGUCGGGAUGUCGCUGAUCUCCGUCGAACAAGCGCGCCUGAAUCUGAAGCACGAGAUCGCACAAGCCGACGAUGCAGCCGCCGUCGCGCGUGCCACUGCGCACAAGUGGGACCGACUGCUCGACGUGGUCCAGCUGCGCAAUGCCAGCGCCACGCAGGAGCGCAUCGUGUACACGGCACUCUUUCACGCGCUGCAGUUCCCGUCACUGCACUCAGAGGAGACCGCCGACGGGCCAGCGUACUACUCGCUCUACACUGAUCGCGUGGAGAAGGGCACCGCGUACCAGUCCUGGUCCAUCUGGGACACGUGGCGUGCUGGCUGGGCUGCUACCAUCCUGUUCGCGAACGACCGCGUCGCCACUAUGGUGCGCUCGCUCCUGGACAUCUAUCUGCAGUCUGGUCCUCGCAGCGGCGAGCCUGGCUAUCUGCCGAUGUGGGCCAACGGCGCCGAGACGAACAUCAUGAUCUCUACCUGGAGCGACUCGCUCAUCGCCGAGGCGCUCGUCAAGGGCGUCGAGGGCUUCAACAAGACGCUUGCGUGGGAGGCCGUGCAGAAGAACGCCGACGUGCCGCCCGAGCGCGACACUGAGCUGCAGUACGCCGACCGCGAGGAGUACACGCCCAUCGAGGCGCGUGCUGGCCUCACGUACUACAAGAAGACGGGCUACGUGCCGCACGACCGCACGGCGGAGUCCGUCUCGCGCACUCUUGACUACGCAUCGUGCGACUGGUGCGUGUCGCAGGUCGCCACGCAGCUCGGCCACGUCGACGCAGCGCGCUUCUACGCUGAGCGAGCGGGCAACUAUCGGCAUGUGUACAACGAGGAAACAGGCUUCUUUGCGCCGCGCUUUUCCAAUGGUUCCUUCCUUAACGAGCCGCUUGAGGCUCCCAAGGCGCGCGAUGACGGCUUCACCGAAGGCAAUCGCUGGACGUAUCUAUUCGAUGUAGUACACGACCUGCCGGGCCUCGCAAAGCUACACGGCGGCACCGAGAAGCUGCUCUCCAAGCUCGACGAGUACUUUGCCGGCGGGUACAAUGAUCACUCGAACGAGCCCAGCCACCACGUGCCUGCGCUCUACGCCGCGCUCGGUCGUGCCUGGCGCUCGCAAGAGCUGGUGCGCGAGAUUGCAGAGCAAGAAUAUAGCGACCGGCCUGAUGGCCUGGGCGGCAAUGAGGAUCUCGGACAGAUGUCGGCGUGGUACAUCUGGGUCGCCGUGUUUGGCCUGUACCCCAUCAACCCUGCGUCUGGGAGCUAUGUCGUCGUCGGCGCGCCCUUCUUCGACGAGGUCACCGUCAGCCUGCCGCACAUUCCCGGGCACCGCCUCGUCAUCUCUGCGUCCGGCUCGAGCAGUGGACGCAAGUACGUGCGCUCCUUCCGCAUCAACGGCGAGGCGCUGCACGAGCCCAGCAUCACACACCGCCAGCUGGAGCAGGGCGGGCACUGGGAGAUCGAGCUGGCGGACAGCCCGCAGGAAUGGGGCUCACGGCGAGCGGAAGGUGCUCGAAUCUGA